GUCCUAGACUCCCUCCGUCUCUCAUCACCAUCAUCAUCCACAAGCAUAACUUCCUCAAGGAAGGAAGACACCUUCCCCACUUCCCCUUCCCCCUUCCCUCCUUAGUCGCCAUAUUACUACUCUAUUAGAAGAUAUAUUUAGAUACAGGAAAAGUUACUUAAAUAGUCUGCUACUACUUUUGAAUAGAUAGGUAAGCAUCUCUCGCAAAGUGGGUUUGGGACUAUGGGUUUGGGUUUUGGGAAGGGUUCCUCAAAACCAUAAAAACAGAAACGCCGUUACCCUAAAUCCACUCCGUUUCCCGUUGAGUCUUAAGUCACGUGUUUACGUGCCUUUACGAUUUUAAUCAACAAUCAACAAAACAAUCAAAAACCCAGAUUGAGAUUUGUGUGUGUGAGAGAGAGAGAGAGAGAGAGAGUACAAAAGCCCCGAACUGUCUGCUUUUGCCAGAUGGCCUUAGAACAAUUGAGCCUCGCUGUGGCUGCUGCUCCUCCCCACUCUGACUCCCCUUCCCCCUCCCCCUCCACCGCCGCCCUCAACGGCCGUCAACCCCCCACCACCGCCCUCGACCCCCACAAAGAUGACGACUCCGCCAAAGUCCCCAGGCUCCCCCGCUGGACCCGCCAAGAAAUCCUCGUCCUCAUUCAGGGCAAAAGGGUCGCCGAGAACCGCGUCCGCAGAGGCCGCACCGCCGGCCUCGCCUUCGGCUCCGCCCACGUCGAGCCCAAAUGGGCCUCUGUUUCUUCUUACUGCAAGAGGCACGGCGUCAACCGCGGCCCCGUCCAGUGCAGGAAGAGAUGGAGCAAUCUGGCUGGGGACUUUAAGAAGAUCAAAGAGUGGGAGUCUCAGAUAAGGGAAGAAACCGACUCGUUUUGGCUCAUGAGGAAUGAUUUGAGGAGGGAGAGGAAGCUUCCCGGAUUCUUCGAUAGAGAGGUUUACGAUAUUCUCGACGGCGGAGGCCGGGCCGAUGGUGCCACCCCCGCCGCUGAGGAGGGAGCAGAAGAGCUAGUUUUGGCUUUGGCGCCCUCUGCCACCGAGGGUCCUGAGGAGGCCGACGCUGAGACAGAGGCUGUGUUUGACAGUGGUCGGAGCGCUGCAGCUGACGAUGGCUUGUUCUCUGAUUUUGACCAGUCCGUUCAGGAGGAGGUUGUGGGUAGCCCGGAUAAGGAGUUCCGGCCGGCUAACGAGACUCCCGUUACCGCUGUUCCGGCUCCUACUCCAAUUUCAGGUCAGAAGCAGUAUCAACCAAUCUCUCAAGGGCAUCCUGCUCAAGGCACCAGUUUCGAGAAACAACCUUCUUUAAACCCAGAGAUAGGAAGCACUCAGGAAGGAAAGAAACGAAAGAGGUAUAUUGCAGAAGUUGAUGAACAAGAUGAAAUGAAAAGCCUGCAUGAUCAGUUAAUUGAAGCUUUUGAAAGGAAUGGUAAAUUGCUGAGCUCCCAACUAGAAUCUCAGAACGUUCACUUGCAAUUGGAUAGGGAGCAGCGGAAGGAUCAAGCUAAUAGCUUGAUUUCUGUACUUCACAAGCUUGCAGAUGCCUUGGGACGAAUUGCUGAUAAGUUGUAGUAGUUAAUAGUCCUCAAGUUCAGUUUACAGAAAUAUGUCAAGAAAUGGAUGAGUUAUAGCCAGGGCUCUGAAUAGUUUGAUUGGUCAAAUCAGAUUCAUUGAAGGCUGAGGUAAAUCUUUUGUAUCUAUAGUAGUUUUCUACCAAAGAUUUCCUUUCUUUCUUUUUUUUUUUUUUUCACCUUCUUUUUGAGCUACUCUUAGUUUAGGUGAUACAAUUGGUAGGGGGACUUUCCUUUUCCUGGGUUUCUCAAGGCUGUACAGAGAUCAGGAGUAAUAAUGCUGCUGCUUUUAUAUGGUUGCCCUUUUCAAGAACAAAAACUCAAAUUGUCUGUUACGAGCAUUCUGCUGUGCCAAAAUUACUAUGAACAGAAGAUUGUUGGUCUUCUGCAUGUGGGAACCGACAAGUAACCUGACUGAUUUUUGCUUGCCUUCUAAAGAAACUUAUAAGAUGCAUGCUGGUAUUUAUAGCGAACAUAAACACCAGGUGUACUAAUGUAAUUCUAGGAAGUUGGUAGCAGUUGUGGCGCGUAAAUGGAGGAUCCUAAUUUGUAGUACCUGACUAGACUUUGUUAGCUGUAACUCAGAUAACCGUCUUUGUUUGCAAGGUUGGUUUCCUGAUUAACGCAAUGGCUGAUAAGAUACGUCGCAUGCCCAUCUCCCUCCCUGGAAAAUUUUUAAGAGCUUAUUAAACAUCAAUUUGAUGCAUGCAUGGUGGACUGCUGCAACUUCAUCUUCAUCUUUUGGAGGAAUUUCUUUUAAGGUUGGGUGUUGGAUGCUCAAUGCAUUUCACAGCAUGAGUUUCAACUAUAAUGUGUGUACUUGGAAGGAUUUAAUAGAUAAUCUGGCACCUCAGAGGAAGAGGUGGUUUAUAUAUAUAUAAAUAUAAACCUCAUUUGCGUCUUGGUGCUAUUGUUUGCAUAAUCCUCAGAAGUUGGAUCAUUGACUUGUUUGGUAUUUGCAUCUUCUCCAUCGUUCUUUUGUGAGCCUAAUUCAAAAAAUCAUCUGCCAAGGAGAGGUCAAGAGAGAGGCGCUUUGCGGGCGUUAACUGCUGCAUCUUUUGCAUCUUCUUUCUUCAUUAGAGUAUAAAUGUGGAUCUUGGGUGUUCCCUUUGGAUAUCAAUCAACCUAGCCAGCAGGUAGACAGCGAUGGUGUCGUCGGAAGACUGCAGGUUAAAGAUGACAUGUCUCUGCUGUUGUGUAUAUAGUUGAAGAGUGUGUUCUGCAUUUUCUUUUUCUUCUUUCCCUUAAAACGGGAGCAUCAAUCUUAUGUACUUGCAAGCGUUUUGUUUG